AUGAUAUUAAUCAAUAUUUUACUUAAAAUCCAUCUAUCUAUCUAUCUAUCUAUCUAUCUAUCUAUCUAUCUAUCUAUCUAUCUAUCUAUCUAUUACAGUCUGUUCAUUAUCUAUCUAUCUAUCUAUCUAUCUAUCUAUCUAUCUAUCUAUCUAUCUAUCUAUUUAUUACAGUCUGUUCAUUAUCUAUCUAUCUAUCUAUCUAUCUAUCUAUCUAUCUAUCUAUCUAUCUACAGUCUGUUACAGUCUAUUCAUUAUCUAUCUAUCUAUCUAUCUAUCUAUCUAUCUAUCUAUCUAUGCGCACAAAUAUGUGUAUCUACCUCUCCGUCUCUGUCGUACGGCGCAAGACUCAAAUGGAUUGCAAUAAGCGAUGAAAAAUUCGUAAUGUCAUUUUUUUUAUCGGGUCUCUCUCCCACCCUAUUAGAUUCUCCAUCUCUCUCUCUCUCUCUCUCUCUCUUUAGCUUUAUAUAUCCCUCUCUCUUUGUCUCAGUUAAAAUCUUACUCGACUUUACAUUUCAGUUUCUCUUUUCUAUUUCUCUCUCUCUCUCUUUUCUAUUUCACUUUAUUUGUUUCUUUUCCCUCUAUCUCGCCCUCUCUUUCUCUCUCUCUCUCUCUCAGUUAGGUUCUUACUCUUCAAGUAUCUCUUUUCUCUCUCUCUCUCUCUCUCCUCCUCCUCUCUCUUUGAUUUUGUCUUGUUUUCAUUUAAUUUUAAUUUUCUAUCACUCUCUUUCUUUCUCUUUAUACCUUUCUUACAUUCUGUAUCUGCUGUUUCUAUCUUUUUUCAAUUCUCUCUUUCUCAGAUUUUUUUUCAAAUUUUUCCCCCUUUUCCCCCCCUCUCUCUAUCUCUCUCCCUAUCUAUCUAUCUAUCUAUCUAUCUCUCUCUAUCAUCUAUCUAUCUAUCUAUCUAUUUAUAGUCUUCUAUCUAUCUAUCUAUCUAUCUAUCUAUCUAUCUAUCUAUCUAUCUUUAUAGUCUUCUGCUUCUUAUCUAUCUAUCCAUCUAUCUAUCUAUCUAUCUAUCUUUAUCUUAUCUAUCUAUCUAUCUAUCUAUCUAUCUUUAUAUAUCUGCUUCUUAUCUAUCUAUCUAUCUAUCUAUCUAUCUAUCUAUCUAUCUAUCUAUCUAUCUUUAUAGUCUUCUGCUUCUUAUCUAUCUAUCUAUCUAUCUAUCUAUCUAUCUUUAUAGUCUUCUGCUUCUUAUCUAUCUAUCUAUCUAUCUAUCUAUCUAUCUAUCUUUAUAGUCUUCUAUCUUUAUAUCUAUCUAUCUAUCUAUCUAUCUAUCUAUCUAUCUAUCUCUAUCUUUAUAGUCUUCUGCUUCUAUCUAUUAUCUAUCUAUCUAUCUAUCUUUAUAGUCUUCUGCUUCUUAUCUAUCUAUCUAUCUAUCUUUAUAUCUUCUGCUUCUUAUCUAUCUAUCUAUCUAUCUAUCUUUAUAGUCUUCUGCUUCUUAUCUAUCUAUCUAUCUAUCUAUCUAUCUUUAUAUCUUCUGCUUCUUAUCUAUCUAUCUAUCUAUCUAUCUAUCUAUCUAUCUUUAUAGUCUUUGCUUCUAUCUAUCUAUCUAUCUAUCUAUCUAUCUAUCUUUAUAGUCUUCUGCUUCUUAUCUAUCUAUCUAUCUAUCUAUCUAUCUAUCUUUAUAUCUUCUGCUUCUUAUCUAUCUAUCUAUCUAUCUAUCUAUCUAUCUAUCUAUCUAUCUAUCUUUAUAGUCUUCUGCUUCUUAUCUAUCUAUCUAUCUAUCUAUCUAUCUAUCUAUCUAUCUAUCUAUCACUGAUUCGGUGUCUUUUGGCCUUUAUCUUUCUUCGUGUUUCUCACUGCUAA